AUGGUUAUUUGGGGCAUUUGUGUCCUUUUCUCCUCUCCACACACCAGCGAGCUCUUAAAACAGAUUGCCAAAAAUACCAACGUGAAACUGUUCCAGUCUGCUGCUCCAAGUGGAGGAUGCUGCAGGGAGGAGGCAGGACCAGACUGUAGGAGAGACAUUCAUGGUUCCCCCAGCCCCAGCCUCUCCCUUGGAGAUGCUGAGUUGGAGCAGGCUCGAUGUCCUAUUUCAGCAAUCUUGGGUUUGAUGCCCAAAGUUGUGGUGCUCCAGUUUGGAGUUGAAGGGAGAGUUGGUGGUGGGGUUGCAGCAGAAAUGUCCCAGUAUCCUGGACAUCCUUUGUUGUUCCAGAUGGAGUAUAAUUCAUCUUCAUCCAAACUCAUGGAUUAUCUGUGCACUCCUGAGGAAAAUGUUUACAAGAUAGACUUUACCAGGUUCAAAAUCCGGGACAUGGAAUCUGGCACAGUCUUGUUUGAAAUCACCAAACCAGCAGCUUCAGAACGUGAACACAAUGACAGGAAGGACAUUGAUCCCAAUGCUGGACGCUUUGUUCGCUAUCAGUUUACUCCAGCUUUUCUUAGACUUCGGCAAGUGGGAGCCACGGUGGAAUUCACAGUAGGAGACAAACCCAUUAAUAACUUCCGCAUGAUUGAGAGGCACUACUUCCGGGAUCAGUUGCUUAAGAGCUUUGAUUUUGAAUUUGGGUUCUGCAUCCCCAGCAGUAAAAAUACUUGUGAGCACAUCUAUGAGUUCCCACAGCUCUCCGAGGAUCUCAUUCGAGAGAUGAUCCUGCAUCCAUAUGAGACACAGUCGGACAGUUUCUACUUUGUAGACAACAAGCUCGUGAUGCACAACAAGGCAGAUUAUUCCUACAGUGGAGGACCUUGA